AUGAGGAGCACGAACAAGGAGCUUUACGGAGCCAGGAACCGUUAUGCGCCCUGUGAUUGGUAUUACCAUCUUCCAGUGAAGCGAUCUGAGAAGGCUGUAGAUGCCCCACCAGUCUCGCAGAUCCCAGGGCUUAGUGAUCUUGGAAACAGACAAAAUGGGAAUGCAUUUGGGACUCGCAGAUACUGGAUAAAAGAAACUGACUCGGAAUACGUCAAGCUCGCAAAACAGGGAGGAAGGUCUGAUCUGCUGAAGCACUUGAGUCAUGAAACCCGGAAAGGCUCCCCGGUGGCGUACUCAAUGCCAGACUGGUACACCCACCACAGCAAACCCCCAACGGCUGACCAGAGACAAGUUCCUGUUAUUUCUAUGCCGGAUUACAUGGUGUAUAAAGAGUUUAAUCCUGAUCAGGCCAAUGGAAACUACGAGUCCAGAAGAGGGCCUUUUGACUUUGAUAUGAAAACAAUAUGGCAGAGAGAAGCUGAGGAACUUGAAAAGGAGAAGAAAAAGGUGAGGCUACCAGCUAUUACCUCAAAGCAUUCAAGCAAAGUGGGAACCCCCAUCAGCUCCAAAGAGACUUCUGGGAGUAGACUCUCCUUUCCUCCAAUGCCUGGUAAAAAAACCAGUUCCCCAACAAACUUUUCCAAACUUAUUAGCAAUGGUUAUAAGGAUGAGUGGUUACAACCUCGAGCAGAUUCAGAGACGAGGAGCCCGCAGACAUUGAAAACAUCUAGCUCCAAAGAGGACCUCGAAGGACACCAAGACACAGAGACACUCCCAGACCCAGAGGUCACCGAGGACUCUCAGAAAUCUGAAGGUGAAGUUCAAACAGCAAUCUGUUUUUACCUGCUGGGGUUCUGA